UAUAAUAUAAAACUGAUCAUCAAUAACAAUCUUCUCCUAGAAAGAAAUGUACUAGUUUUAAUUUUUCUUUGUAAAGUAAAAUUAAAUUGAAAUUUGAUUACUUAUUUAAGUUGCUUAAAGUUUUGAAGGUAACUUGAAUAGUUGGUACUUAGAGAUAAUAGAUGGCGAUAAGACCAAAUACAGGACAUGUUUAAAUGAUAACGAUUUAUUGGUGGGAUAAAUUAAUGUUGUGCUUAUAUGAUUAUCACUUUUUAUGCACGGUGAUCCUGAAAUGAUAUUUUCUGCUCAUGAAAAUGUCAAACGAAGUGUCUCGAGUGAGUGACUUUUUAAAGAGGAAAAGGAUUCUGAUCCCUCCUGGGAACCAGUGGCUUAAUUCGUGCGUGAUGUGUUUUAAAGCCCAGUCUCCCGCUCACACCCAGGAUGAAUUGGAUACUUUUGUUUAUGGCCAGUGGCUUUUGGCCGAUCUCAAGGAAAUAGGUUCUCCUGUUCUUCCUGCCAGGUGUCUCAACGACGAGAAACUGGUCUUGAACGGUAACUACGCCGUCCAGUUCAACUACGGCGUCGAUAUAGGUACGUCUUUUCACAAGCAGAUGCAGAAAAUCAGGAAACCAGACUCACAGUUCAACUUGGAAGUUAAUGCCGAAGAGAGCAGGAAAUCGGACAUCCCGGCAUCGCGCGCUUUGAAGAUCGAAUUGACAGACGGUGCGACGACAGUGAUCGCAUUUGAAGACAACCAGCUUAGAAACAUAAAAGAAAUUUUACCGGGAGAGAAAGCUAUACUCAAAGGACCGUUAGAGUUCAGAAAAGGGUGCUUGAUGCUCAAAGAGAACAAUGUGACUCUUCUCGGAGGAGAAGUCGACACCCUUCUCAUAUCUAAUGCUGUUGAGAAUGUUUUAGCAAGAGCACUUUCACUUCCAGAAAACCCAAAUCCUUACAGGGUCCACAUUGACACAACCCUUAAACCAACACUUAAUAAGGUGGAAGAAGAGAGCUUUUCAAAAUGCUUAGAUGAUGAUGAUGAUCUGUUCAUUUUUGGUGAAGCAAUUGAAAGUCAAUUAGCCGUUUCCACGAACACUUCAAACGUUGGGUCCAAAACGAAUUCAAAUGUUCAACAAAAUAUCACUAAUUCAAACAACCAAACUGCAUCCAGUCGGUUUACAAAUAAUGAGAAAGAUCUUCUUGACGAUGACUUUGAUUUUCCAGAUGAUGAUUUUGAAAUGAUGGCUUCUGCCUUUUCUGAUAGAAAGGAAAAAAACAUCAGAAAUUAUUUUCCCAAUAAAAAUUCGACUGUAAAACCCACAGAUAUCGACAAUUUUAUCAAUAAGCAAAAUUCAACGCAUAUACAAUCCCAAGGUACGAGUUCCAGUUCUAGCAUACACUCCAGCCCGAAGAUAACAGAUUUAAAUGACCCCAAAACUUUAAAGAGAAAAUUGGAACAAGCUUACGUUUCUUCAGAAGAAAACAGAGAUUGGUUUCACCCACCGCUUAAGUCCAGUCUGGACAUACCAAGGCCAUCGCACGAAAGUGGAAAAGUGAUUGUUGAUUUCCUUGAAGGCCCACCGGAUGAGUUGACUUUAGAAUUGCAACCUGACACCCAAGAGCGAGUUUCUAACGAUUGUAACACAAAUUUCACAUUUGACGAACCGUUUCCUCCAAAAAGUUAUCCGAGUGAGAGAAAAGUGCGUGGUCAAGUGGUGAAACUGUCACAGAAGCUGGGCAUCAAAGAUGAACAGUGGUCCCUGUCUGCCAUUAUAUCAGUUAAAGGCCUCGAAAUGGAAAUGGACUUUUCACCUCAAGUCUUGGAUAAAAUAUUUGGUAUCACAGGAAAAGAAUUGACAAGCAAAAGGAAAGAAGUAGUCAGAAAUCCAGAAAUCAAAAGCCAGAUGAAUAAGAUUCUGGCUGACAGCCAACAAAGAAUUAAGAGUUUAAACAGUGAUAUACUCGUUAGAUUUAAUAAUUUUAUUUCAAAUCCUGUCAUCAUCCAAGUUUAUGAUGUAUGUUCUAAUAUUUAAAAAAUUGUAAAGGUUUUUAUAUAUUAAAGUUGUACAUAUUUAUUUUCUUAAAAAAAAA